AUGUCUGACAAGGAAGAAGUCAAAUGGGAUGCCUACUACUCCUCGGGCUUCCUCCAGACUCUGCUCGAAAUAUUUCAUGCUCACAGAAGAACACGGGCACGCAAUUUCGACCUCGGCCAGAUCACCAAGCAUGUAUACAAGGGCGAUAAAGAGGAGGCCAAGAAGUUUCUCAAAAUUUGUGAUGCCAACGCAGAUGGCAAAGUGGACUUUGGCGAAUUCCUUCAAGCCUUGCUGGACGAGGACGCAAAACAAAACUACAAGAACGCGCUAGUCUUGUAUUAUCCUUCGGAUACCGCCUAA